AUGUGUGAGAAGUGUCCCGUUGACGGAGAUCCCAUGUUCGCUCCAGUCAAGUCUUCGAAAGACAUGCUCAAUACUAGCGUAGAAAAAGUUGGGUGAAAUGGUGUCGUCUUGCCGCACGCCUCGUCCAAUUUGUACUGGGACGUGGCCCUUGCAUUCAUACAGACACUUAGGCUUCGUUGAGCCGGUUCAAUCCGUUGAAGCGGCUCAAUCCGUUCGCCUCUUACCCAGUUCUUUUUGAGUUUGAGGUCCAGUCACUUUGUUGAAUGUUAAAAUUAUUUCUUCUUUUCUCGAUAAAACUAUUUCAAAAACAGCAAUGCAUAAAAUAAUAAUCCUGGAACAGAUGCUCUCUAACAUAAGGUUUUCAUAAAGAUUUUAUUGUUUUUUAUGGUUUUUACUUUCCAAAAAGCACUUUUUCGAUCCCUAAAGUGUCCACUGCGAUCCGUGAAAAAGAUAAGAAAAAAAUGUGGAGAAUUUACGGCGAAGACGGCGUGGAACCAGUUCAAGAAGACCGCGACGACGACGUCUUCUGUCUUCAUCUAGCCGUCGUUGUCGUAUCGAUUUCGUUCGUUUUUUAG